AUGGUCGUGCUUACCGACAGCUCACCCUGGAAGGAGGCAAUCGCCGCACGCAAUCAACGCACCUCCCCGCUGCUCAAGCUACCCGGUGAAUUACGGAAUCGGAUCUACGGUUACGUACUCGGCACGCCAACCUGGUAUGUCGGUAACUCUCACCAGAAGCGAGAUGCCAACGACAACGUGUACGAGGUCUUCCAACUCUACGAGGAGACUCAGCGAGGGCACUAUAGGACUAAGCCGUCCUUUGGCCCGCCGUUGCUGGGAGUGUCGCGCCAAAUACAUCUUGAGGCAUGGCCACUCUUGUACGCAUUGAGCACCUUCCAGGUCGGACACUCUAGACCUUUCUUCAUCUGGAUUGAAUCACUGCCCGACGUUGCGCGGUUGGCUGUGUCCUCAGUCAGCUUGGGUGAGAUGACCCUUAAGGACCACGUUGACGACCCAAGCGUGGAUUUCGACUUGGACGACAACGAUUACCCCCGCACGUCAUUCCCUCCUCUCGACAUCCAUCAAGUCCCUGCGAUCCAAUCUCACUGGGACUAUAACAUCUUUGCAUCCCUGGGUGACCUGUACUGGAAACUACCCGGCCUGAAGCAUCUUCGCAUGACUGUCCGUGUGUAUUACGGCAGAUAUCGGCAGGGCUUCCAAUACAGACGAGUCGAAGACGAAGAGAUGGAGGCUAAGCUGCGCCCAGAGCUAGCCCAAGUCUUCGCACUCCCCGAUGUACACGUUGACGUGGAGUUCGUCCUUUACAAAAGCUAA